UACGACACCGGCGUGCUGGCCUGGCAGCCAGACCAGAACGAGGGUUGGGUGUCUUCAGAGGUCACCAAGAAGAAGGUCGACGGCGACAGGGUAACGCUGGUCUUCACCCUCGAAAAUGGCGACGAGAAGACCAUCGAGACGACGCUGCACGAGCUGUCGAAAGAUGCCAUGAGCUCCACCUUGCCGCCCCUUCGAAAUCCCGCCAUGCUCGAGGCCAGCGACGACCUGACGAGCCUCUCACAUCUCAACGAGCCGGCCGUGCUGCAGGCCAUCAAGCUGCGCUAUGCCCAAAAGGAGAUCUACACAUACUCGGGCAUUGUCCUGAUCGCUACCAACCCCUUUGCGCGCGUCGACUCGCUGUACGUCCCCGGUAUGGUGCACGUCUACGCAGGCAAGCAUCGAGCCUCGCAAGCACCGCAUUUGUUCGCCAUCGCCGAAGAGUCCUUUGCCGACAUGCUGCGGAACGACAAGAACCAGACCAUCGUCGUGUCGGGAGAGUCAGGAGCAGGCAAGACGGUCAGCGCCAAGUAUAUUAUGCGUUACUUUGCCACGCGAGAGCCUCCCGAUCAGCCUGGUGUCCGCAGAAGAGACCGAAGCGAUGCCAUGAGCGAGACCGAAGAACGCAUUCUUGCUACCAAUCCCAUCAUGGAAGCUUUCGGUAACGCCAAGACCACCCGAAACGACAACUCGUCCCGUUUCGGAAAGUACAUCGAGAUCAUCUUCGACAAGCAAACAGACAUCAUCGGUGCGCGGAUACGAACGUACCUCCUCGAGCGGUCGAGGCUGGUGUUUCAGCCGCUUAAGGAGCGAAAUUACCACAUCUUCUACCAGCUUGUAGCGGGCGCAACAGAUCAAGAGCGAGAACAGUUGGGCCUGAUACCCGUCGAGCACUUCGACUACCUUAAUCAGGGUGGUGCUCCUCAGAUUGAUGGCGUGGACGAUGCGAAGGACUUCAAGGACACUCGAUGUUCCCUCACAAGACUCGGUGUGCCCGAGGAUGUGCAGAGCAAUAUCUGGAGAAUUUUGGCUGCACUGCUUCAUCUCGGCAACACCAACAUCACCGCAUCCCGGACAGAAUCACAACUCCCAGCUUCGGAGCCAUCUCUGACAAAGGCUUGCGCUCUGCUCGGCAUCGACGCCAACGAGUUUUCGAAAUGGACUGUCAAGAAGCAAUUGGUGACAAGAGGCGAGAAGAUCAUGUCCAACUUGACACAGCAACAGGCUACCGUUGUGCGAGACUCGGUCGCCAAGUACAUCUACUCGUCCCUCUUUGACUGGCUUGUGGAGACCAUGAACACCUUCUUGGCACCGCAGGAAAUUCUCGAGCAGAUGCAUUCAUUCAUUGGUGUGCUCGAUAUUUACGGUUUCGAGCACUUCGCCAAGAACAGCUUCGAGCAAUUCUGUAUCAAUUAUGCCAACGAGAAGCUGCAACAGGAAUUCAACCAGCAUGUGUUCAAGCUGGAGCAGGAGGAGUAUCUGCGCGAACAGAUCGACUGGAAGUUCAUUGACUUCAGCGACAACCAGCCUUGCAUCGACCUCAUCGAAGGCAAGCUCGGUAUCCUCUCCCUGCUCGACGAAGAGAGCAGACUGCCCAUGGGCUCUGACGAGUCGUUCGUGACCAAGCUGCAUCACAACUUUUCCAACGACAAGCACGCAUUCUACAAGAAGCCACGGUUUGGCAAGAGUUCCUUCACCGUUUGCCAUUAUGCAAUAGACGUGACCUACGAGAGCGAUGGCUUCAUUGAGAAGAACCGAGAUACUGUGCCCGAUGAGCAUCUCGAAGUGCUACGAAAUAGCUCCAACGACUUUUUGACCGAGGUCUUGGAGUCCAGCACUGCCGUCCGCGAUCGUGACAAUGCAGCAGCAAAUCCCAAGGCCAAUGGAACCCCGGGUGCUCGAAAGGGAGCAGCUGCAGCGAGAAAGCCGACACUUGGUGGUAUCUUCAAGAGCUCUUUGAUUCAGCUCAUGGACACCAUCAAUUCGACCGAAGUCCACUACAUCCGAUGUAUCAAGCCUAAUGAAGCCAAGGAAGCUUGGAAGUUCGAAGGACCGAUGGUGUUGAGCCAGCUGCGUGCCUGCGGUGUUCUGGAAACAGUCCGAAUCAGCUGUGCUGGAUAUCCCACUCGGUGGACCUACGAAGAGUUCGCGCUCAGAUAUUACAUGCUCAUCCGCUCCUCCGAAUGGACGACAGAGAUUCGAGACAUGGCAAAUGCCAUCUUGAAGAAAGCUCUUGGCGAAAGUAAGAGUGACAGGACUGACAAGUACCAGCUUGGUUUAACUAAGAUCUUCUUCCGUGCUGGUAUGCUUGCAUUCUUGGAGAAUCUCCGAACAAACAGACUGAGCGACGCGGCGAUCAUGAUACAGAAGAAUCUACGCGCCAAAUACUACCGCCGCCGCUAUCUUGAAGCGCUCGACAGCAUCAAAGCAUUUCAGGCCCGAGCACGAGCAGUCAUGGCGCGGAGAAAAACCGAGGUCGCACGACGAGAACGGAGCGCGACCACGAUCCAGCGGGUUUGGAGAGGCCAGAAGGAGCGGAAGAACUACGUACAAUUCCGAAACGAUCUCAUCCGCUUUGAAGCGGCGGCCAAGGGGUGGAUUUGCCGAAAGAUGAUCUUAGACAAGAAAUACUCUGAUGCUGCGCGCAUCAUUCAGCGUAGCUACAGGAGUUACCGACAGCUCAAGAGCUGGAGAGACUAUCGCAGAAAGGUCACGCUUGUCCAAAGCUUGUGGCGCGGUAAGAAGGAUCGCAAGACGUACAAGAAGCUUAGGGAGGAAGCCAGAGAUCUUAAGCAGAUCUCGUACAAGCUUGAGAACAAGGUCGUCGAGCUCACACAAGCGCUGGGUGCGUCUCGGAAAGAAAACAAAUCACUCAAGGGUCAGGUCGAGAAUCUCGAGAGCCAGAUCACCAGCUCUCGGCAGCGUCACAAUGCGCUGGAGGCCAGAGCGAACGAUCUGCAGAGAGAAGCCAACCAAGCCGGUAUCACCGCAGCAAGGUUGGAGCAAAUGGAGAACGACAUGGCUCGACUGCAAGCCAGCUACGACGAGAGCACUGGCAACGUGCGACGCUUGCAAGAAGAGGAGAAGAACCUUCGCGAGAGUCUGCGGGUCACCACGCAGGAAUUGGAUGCCGCACGAACUGCCAAGACUGCCAGCGAGACCGAAAAGGUCAGCUUGCGACAACAGCUUGCAGAACUCCAAGACCAGCUCGAACUGGCCAAACGAGCGGCACCGGUCACGAACGGCGAGCUCACAAACGGCGCCACUGGCGGUGCGACUUCCGGCCUCAUCAACCUUGUUGCGUCGAGGAAGCCGAAGAGGCGGAGCGCUGGUCCGGAGCCGAUCCAGACGGAGAGGUUCAGCGGCGCUUAUAAUCCGCGGCCAGUCUCGAUGGCGUUUGGUGCGACGGCUGGUGGGCAUGCACAAAACCUAUCUGGUUCCACGUUCAAUCCUGGGCUGGAGAACGUGGAGAUGGAGUUGGAGAACUUGCUUGCUGAUGAAGACAGCCUCAACGACGAGGUCUCCAUCGGACUCAUUCGCAACCUGAAGAUCCCAGCACCCGGCUCAAAUCCACCUCCGACCGACAAAGAAGUGCUCUUCCCUGCAUACCUCAUCAACUUGGUCACCAGCGAGAUGUGGAACAAUGGGUUUGUCAAGGAGUCAGAACGAUUCUUGGCAAAUGUCAUGCAAUCCAUCCAGCAAGAAGUGAUGCAGCAUGACGGUGACGAGGCUAUCAACCCUGGCGCGUUCUGGCUCUCGAACGUGCAUGAGAUGCUCUCCUUCGUAUUCCUUGCCGAGGACUGGUACGAGGCACAGAAGACUGACAACUUCGAAUACGAUCGACUGCUGGAGAUUGUCAAGCACGACCUCGAAAGCUUGGAGUUCAACAUCUACCACACUUGGAUGAAGGUGCUGAAGAAGAAGCUUCACAAGAUGAUCGUGCCUGCCAUUAUUGAGUCGCAGUCUCUGCCAGGCUUCGUCACAAACGAGAACAACCGCUUCUUGGGCAAGUUGCUGCAAUCCUCCAACACGCCAGCAUACAGCAUGGACAACCUGCUCAGUUUGCUGAACAACGUCUUUAAGGCUAUGAAGGCGUUCUACCUUGAGGACAGCAUCAUCACACAAACCGUCACUGAGCUCCUGCGACUUGUUGGCGUGACGGCAUUCAACGACCUACUGAUGAGGAGAAACUUCCUCUCUUGGAAACGAGGACUGCAGAUUAAUUACAACAUCACUCGAAUUGAAGAGUGGUGUAAGAGUCACGAUAUGCCUGAAGGAACGCUACAGCUUGAGCAUUUGAUGCAGGCAACGAAAUUACUGCAACUCAAGAAGGCUACGCUGAACGACAUUGAGAUCAUCCAGGACAUCUGCUGGAUGCUAUCGCCGAACCAGAUCCAGAAGCUUCUCAACCAGUACCUUGUCGCGGACUACGAACAACCCAUCAACGGCGAGAUUAUGAAGGCUGUCGCGUCACGAGUCACCGACCCGAAGUCAGAUGUCUUGCUGCUACAAGCAGUGGACAUGGAAGACUCGGGACCAUAUGAGAUUGCAGAGCCUCGCGUAAUAACAGCACUCGAGACUUAUACGCCUAGCUGGUUACAAACGCCUCGACUGAAACGCUUGGCAGAGAUCGUCUCAGCCCAAGCAGUCAUGCAACAGCAGCUGGACUCGAACAUGAUCAAAGGCGGCGGAGAGGACGACGGACUGGAUAUGCACGAAGGCCAGUGGCCUGUACCGAACGGGCACCACACGAACGGGUUCGGAAUGAGUGGGAAUGGUAAUGGCCACCCGGUGGGACUGGGAGUCUCACAGCAUCCUGUUGACCAGGAUCUGAGCGAUGACGGGAUGGGCGAUUACAGAUAGGACUCGUCGCCGCGCCCACCACCAUUGCGGGCACUGACCCUGACAAUGAAAGGUCAGAGUAAGAUAUGACCGGAGUGGAAAUGGCUUGGUUGGAUGUAAUUCAAAACACACGAAGCGUUUGCAUUUUUGGGGAAGUGGUUUUAGACUCAUGGAUCUCUGAGAUGGAUGACUUGACUACAUUCCUGCUGUCGCGAUUGGGGCGGAGCUUUGUGGUGUCUUUUCUGACUCUGAUGCACUUCUUGUAGAAACGUUUGAGGUGAGAAGGAGGUGCUAGGAUAGGAACGGAAUGGAAUGGACACGUACUUGCAUUGAAUACCGUGGAGCUAGCUCCCUCUUGGGGAAGCGAGACUGG